UCCACCUUCGUUCCUCUUGGACAAGCGAGACAAGCAACAACUAACUACGGAUACUUGGACAAGAGUUUGCAGGGUAGGGUACCCCGUCCACGAGUGCCCGCCGCGGGCUUAAGGCGCCCUACGUCCGGGUCACAAAUCCGAGAGUGCGGCUACAAUACACCAGGUAAACGUUGUUAUUGAUCCUUGAUUGGUAAUACAAUUCGUACACCAACAUCUCUCAUGGCUCCCGAAGUCGAUCUGGCGGAGCAACGACGGGGCAGCCAAGCCGUCCUAGAGGGGCCCUCUUUUUUUUUUUUAUCCCCCCUAAUUACCUUACGAAUGGAUAUCUAGGUAGGUAGGUAGGUAGGUAACUAGCGCUUGGUUUUGUCCGGCUCUCUCAGCAAACAGUCUCUUUUUUCCUUAUUUUCUCCUCCGUGUCUCAUCGCCUGGACCUAUAGUGGUUGUGAGUCGACCUUUGCUCCUCCUUUUUUCUUUUUUUCGGCCGAACGACCGCUCUUUUGGUCCGAAGCACCUCUCUCUCUCUCUCUCGCUCUCCCACAGGUCCUUUUACAACUAUUUCAUCUCCUUGAAACGGACACAUCCCCCGACUCGUUAUCUUUCUCUCAUCCUCUCGUCCUUCUCUCUCUCUCUUCCUCUUACCUUCGCCCCCCUCCUCCUUCCUCCCUCGGUACACCAUCCCCGUACCUCCACUACAACAUCUUCGUCUCACCGGCACGGGCCAGCCACCGCCACUUUCCGGCCGUCUGGGAUCACGCGUCUUUAAUAGCUAUUAAUACUAUUGUUACCACAACUACUCACUUACUACUCAGUACCCGACCUCUCAUUCUUCCGCCCGUAAUCGCAAAAUACUGAAAUUCGACAACUGCAUCCCCACCACAUUCGCAGUGGGCAACAACCAAACGAGACAGACCUCUCAGCCCGACGGUCCAAUGGCGGACCAGGAGUUUGAGAAGACGCAGGAGGCCGUCGCCGGAGGCAGCCCUGCCGUCAACGAGAAGAAUACGGCAGAGGUGCACCCGGCCCCGCGGUCUUCGACCUCGACCGCCGCCGACGUUUCGGAGAAUCAACGAGAGGAGGCCCGCCGCAACAACCCCGAUGGCUUUUCCGCAAUCCACACCGGUGUCUCGGUCCACCAGGCCGAGGCUGAAUUUGCCGAACUGCAGCGCGAGCUGUCCGGCAUGUCGCGCGCAAGCAGGGUCAACAGCCGACGCAAGUCUGGUGACGUCGAGAAGGCCGUCACAAAUGUCAACUCUACCUCGCCCUCCUCAGACACCGAGGCCGAGCAGUUCGACCUCGAGGCCGUCCUGCGCGGUGGCGUCGAGGCCGAACGCGAGGCCGGCAUCCGGCCGAAGCACAUUGGCGUCUACUGGGACGGGCUCACCGUCAAGGGCAUGGGCGGCACCACCAACUACGUCCAGACCUUCCCUGACGCCUUCGUCAACUUUGUCGACUACGUUACUCCGGUCAUGAACCUGCUGGGGCUGAACAUGAAGGGCGUCGAGGCCACUCUUUUGGAUCACUUCAAGGGUGUAUGCAAGCCCGGCGAGAUGGUCCUCGUCCUGGGCAAGCCCGGUUCCGGCUGCAGUACAUUCCUCAAGACCAUCGCCAACUGGCGCGGUGGGUACACCGACGUCUCGGGCGAGGUGCUCUACGGGCCCUUCACCGCCGACGAGUUCAAGCAGUACCGCGGCGAGGCUGUCUACAACCAGGAGGACGACAUCCACCACUCCACCCUCACCGUGGAGCAGACCCUCGGCUUCGCUCUCGACACAAAGGUCCCCGCGAAGCGCCCCGCCGGCCUGUCCAAGAACGACUUCAAGAAGCAGGUCAUCUCCACCCUGCUCAAGAUGUUCAACAUUGAGCACACCCGCAACACCGUCGUCGGCGACGCGUUCGUGCGCGGCGUCUCGGGCGGCGAGCGCAAGCGUGUCUCCAUCGCCGAGAUGAUGAUCAGCAACGCCUGUGUCCUUUCGUGGGACAACAGCACCCGCGGCCUGGACGCCAGUACGGCCCUCGACUUCGUCAAGUCCCUGCGCGUCCAGACGAACCUGUACCAGACCUCGACAUUUGUGUCCCUGUACCAGGCCUCGGAGAACAUCUACAACCUCUUCGACAAGGUCAUGGUCAUCGACGCUGGCAAGCAGGUCUACCUCGGCCCCGCCAAGGAGGCCCGCGCCUACUUCGAGGGCCUCGGUUUCGCGCCCCGCCCCAGACAAACUACCCCUGACUACGUCACCGGCUGCACCGACGAGUUCGAGCGGGAGUACGCCGCCGGCCGCUCGGCAGAGAACGCACCCCACAGCCCCGAAUCCCUCGCCGAGGCCUUCAAGACGUCAAAGUAUCAGAAGCAGCUCGACAGCGAGAUGGAGGAGUACAAGGCCCGCCUCGCGCAGGAGUCGGAGAAGCACGAGGACUUCCAGGUCGCCGUCCACGAGGCGAAGCGCGGCUCCUCCAAGAAGUCGGUCUAUGCCGUCGGCUUCCACCUGCAGGUCUGGGCCCUGAUGAAGCGUCAGUUCGUCCUCAAACUGCAGGACCGUCUCUCCCUGUUCCUCUCCUGGCUCCGCUCCAUCGUCAUCGCCAUCGUCCUCGGCACCCUGUUCUUCCGUCUCGGCUCGACCUCAGCCAGUGCUUUCAGCAAGGGUGGCCUCAUGUUCAUCUCGCUUCUGUUCAACGCCUUCCAGGCCUUUUCCGAACUGGCCAGUACCAUGACCGGUCGCGCCAUCGUCAACAAGCACAAGGCCUACGCCUUCCACCGGCCGUCGGCGUUAUGGAUCGCCCAAAUCAUCGUCGAUCAGGCCUUUGCGGCGACCCAGAUCCUGGUAUUCUCCAUCAUCGUCUACUUCAUGUCGGGUCUCGUCCGCGAAGCCGGAGCCUUCUUCACCUUCUACCUAAUGAUUCUGUCCGGCAACAUCGCCAUGACGCUAUUCUUCCGCAUCAUUGGCUGCAUCAGUCCCGACUUUGACUACGCCAUCAAGUUCGCCGUCGUCCUGAUUACCUUCUUCGUCGUCACCUCCGGCUACCUUAUCCAGUACCAGUCCGAGCACAAGUGGCUCCGUUGGAUCUACUGGGUCAACGCGCUUGGUCUCGCCUUCAGCGCCAUGAUGGAGAACGAGUUCAGCCGUUUGAAGCUCAUCUGCUCCGAUGAAUCGCUCAUCCCCUCGGGCCCCGGCUACGGCGACAUCAACCACCAGGUAUGCACGCUCGCCGGCUCAGAGCCCGGCACGACCACCGUCGACGGCUCAGCCUACAUUGCCGCCGGGUUCAGUUACUUCAAGGGCGACCUGUGGCGCAACUGGGGCAUCAUCUUCUCCCUCAUCGUCUUUUUCCUCAUCAUGAACGUGACUCUCGGAGAGCUCAUCAACUUUGGCAACAACGGUAACUCGGCCAAGGUCUACCAGAAGCCCAACGAGGAGCGCAAGAGGCUCAAUGAGGCCCUCAUCGAGAAGCGGGCGGGCAAGCGCCGCGGUGACAAGCAGGAGGGAUCCGACCUGUCCAUAAAAUCGGAAGCCGUCCUCACGUGGGAGAACCUCAACUACGACGUCCCCGUCCCUGGCGGCACCCGUCGUCUGCUGAACAACGUCUAUGGGUACUGUCGCCCUGGCCAGCUCACGGCGCUUAUGGGCGCAUCCGGUGCUGGCAAGACUACGCUCCUCGACGUGCUCGCGGCCCGCAAGAACAUUGGCGUCAUCCACGGCGAUGUCCUCGUCGACGGCAUCAAGCCCGGAAAGCAGUUCCAGCGAAGCACCUCGUACGCCGAGCAGCUCGACCUGCACGACCCGACCCAGACGGUCCGCGAGGCCCUCCGGUUCUCUGCCCUCCUCCGCCAGCCCUAUGAGACCCCGAUCGCCGAGCGUUACUCGUACGUUGAAGAGAUCAUCGCGCUGCUGGAGAUGGAGCACAUCGCCGACUGUAUCAUCGGAUCCCCCGAGUUCGGCCUGACGGUCGAGCAGCGCAAGCGCGUCACCAUCGGCGUCGAGCUGGCCGCCAAGCCCGAGCUCCUCCUGUUCCUCGACGAGCCUACCUCUGGUCUCGACAGUCAGAGCGCCUUCAACAUUGUGCGCUUCCUCAAGAAGCUGGCGGCCGCCGGCCAGGCCAUCCUCUGCACGAUCCAUCAGCCCAACGCCGCCCUCUUUGAGAACUUUGACCGCUUGCUGCUCCUCCAGCGGGGCGGACGCACCGUCUACUUUGGCGACAUUGGCCAGGACGCCAUUGUGCUGCGUGACUAUCUCAAGGCCCACGGCGCCGUCGCAAGGCCCACGGACAACGUGGCCGAGUACAUGCUCGAGGCCAUCGGUGCUGGGUCGGCGCCCCGCGUCGGCAACAAGGACUGGGCUGACAUCUGGGACGAGAGCGCCGAGCUCGCCAACGUCAAGGAGACGAUUAGCCGUCUCAAGGAGGAGCGCGUCGCGGCGGGCCGCACGACGAACCACGACCUCGAGAAGGAGUACGCCAGCCCGCAGUGGCACCAGCUCAAGGUGGUGGUGAAGCGCAUGAACCUCAGCUUCUGGCGCAGCCCCAACUACCUCUUCACACGCCUCUUCAACCACGUCGUCGUCGCCCUCAUCACGGGUCUCACGUACCUCAACCUCGACCAGAGCCGUAGCUCGCUGCAGUACAAGGUGUUUGUCAUGUUCCAGGUCACGGUCCUGCCGGCCCUCAUCAUCAGCCAGGUCGAGGUCAUGUUCCACGUCAAGCGCGCCCUCUUCUUCCGCGAGUCGUCGUCCAAGAUGUACAACCCGCUGACUUUUGCGGCCGCCAUCACCAUCGCCGAGCUGCCCUACUCCAUCAUGUGCUCCGUCGCCUUCUUCCUGCCUCUGUACUACAUGCCGGGCUUCCAGUCCGACUCGUCGCGCGCGGGCUACCAGUUCUUCAUGAUCCUCAUCACUGAGCUCUUCUCCGUAUCCCUCGGCCAGGCGCUCGCGUCGCUGACGCCGAGCCCCUUUAUCUCGUCGCAGUUCGACCCCUUCAUCAUGAUCACCUUUGCCCUCUUCUGCGGCGUCACGAUCCCUGCGCCCCAGAUGCCCGGCUUCUGGCGUGCCUGGCUAUACCAACUCGAUCCCUUUACGCGCCUUAUCGGCGGCAUGGUUGUCACGGCGCUGCACGACCUCAAGGUGGCCUGCACCAAGGCUGAGUUCAACCCCUUCACGGCGCCGCCGGGCCAGACGUGUGGCGAGUACAUGCAGCCCUUUUUCGACAAUGGCGGCCCCGGGUACCUCGCCAGCAACGACACGUCGAGCUGCGAGUACUGCGCGUACAAGGUUGGCGACGAGUUCUACCAGCCCCUGGGCCUCGAGUUCAGCAACCGCUGGCGGGAUCUCGGCAUCUUUGCCGCCUUCGUCGGCAGCAACCUGAUCAUUCUCUUCAUGGCGAGCAAGUUCUUGAACUUUAACCGCAGAUAACCGACCGCACCAUACCCAGUCCCCGAUUUGGACUUUUUUUUUUUCUUUCCUGUUAGUUGUUUUCAAGGCGUUAUGUUGGCAUCGGUCCCCCCCAUCCACCCAUCGCAGCCGAUGGUACUCGAGACCGUCGCUCGCAGGCUUUUCCAAGUGGGGUCCCGGGGGGAAGCACGAAAAAUUCCUGUCUCGUCGUUUGUGGGGAACAAUAGAGAAUGAGAUCUGUAGAGAAGGGCCUUCGUUGCAACGUGGCAUGUCAUGAGGGAAAUGUCCAUGAACACGCCCGCAUUCAUAGAAGUUUACGUAAUUUAAUAGAAACGGCCAGAAAGAAUUCUCAAUGGGCCUGGAAAUCCCAGUUUGCCAUGUCCCAAGCUGCGUGUGAGCUUUUGCUGUCGUGGGUUGUGUUGGUAACCGACCCUCUCUCUCUCUAUUCCUCGUAGUAAAUCGCGAUCGUACC